AUCACAUUAUUUCCGGUAAGAAAAAAAAAUCUCGCCUUGGUCUGGAACUUGUCCUGUGCCGCUGCAACCCAGCGGGAUGCUGCAGAAAGCAGCUUUGAAUAAAACUCUGAGCAGGUCUGAGUUGAGGCAAACAUCUGAUCUAUUUGAUUUCAUCGAGACCAUCAGGAACAUCUGCUUUAUUCUGCUGGUCCUGAAUUACCCCGAGUUUAGGGAAAACUCUGGAGUUCUCCUUCCAGAAAGAGGAUGGACCUUGCCAGCAGGCUGAUGAUAUGGCAGGAGCUGGCUCAGAGCUGUGGCAUCGCUACUUUACAGCAGAGCGUCCAGCAGCUAUGGAGGCUGCUUCUACUCUGUCUCAUCUGCAGAGUCUGCUUCAGGCUGGGAGUUUCAUCAACUGUGAAGCACGUCAUGUCCAUGUUGACUGGGAUGUAUGGCCUGUUCCUUUUCUUGGAGCUCCACAUGCUGUGGGUGCUGCUGCUCAGCCUUAUCUGUUACCUGAGUCUCCUGCUCUGCAGACACUCCAGCAGCAAAGGCCUCUUCCUCUCAGCUGUUAUCCUUGUGUACCUGCUCAUUGGAGAGUUGCAUUUUAUCGAUAUGGGAACCUGGAAUAAAAUACGAGGCUCACAGAUGGUGGUGGCCAUGAAGGUGAUCUCGCUGGCCUUUGAGCAUGACAAAAGAGUUGUGACUAACCUGCCAUCCCCCGCUGAGUUCCUUGGCUAUGUUUUCUUUGUGGGUACUGUUGUCUUUGGGCCAUGGAUCAGCUUGUCCAGUUACAGAAAUGCACUUAAUGCACCAAAACUGAACUACUCGUGGCUGUACAGUUCCCUCCUUAGUCUUCUAAAAAGUCAGAUCUGUCUGCUGGUGUCUACCUGCAUCGCUCCAUAUCUUUUCCCUUUGUUCAUCCCAGUCUAUGGAAACUCUGUCACACAAAAGUGGCUGCAUGCUUAUGAGAAUGCUGUGUCCUUCCACUUCAGUAAUUACUUCGUGGGUCAUCUGAGUGAAGGCACCAGUAUGUUAGCUGGAGCAGGCUUCACAGAAGACAAAGACAAUGUCAAAUGGGAUAUGAGCAUAGUGAAACCUCUAAGUGUGGAAAUGCCUCGCUCCAUGGUGCUGGUGGUGAUUUCCUGGAAUAUUCCAAUGUCCCAGUGGUUAAAAACCUAUGUGUUUAAAACUGCCAUGAAACUGGGAACGUUCCCAGCAAUCCUGGUGACAUACACGGCCAGCGCCCUCCUGCAUGGCCUGAGUUUCCACCUGGCAGCUGUUCUGCUCACACUGGGAUUCAUCACAUAUGUCGAACACGUUCUGAGAAAGAGGCUUGCAUUUAUCCUUAGCGCCUGCAUCCUGUCCAGGCCCUGUGCGUCUGAUUGCAGCCAUCAACACAAGAAGAAUCUUUGGGUGCUGUUGCUGAAUCUAGUUUUCAGCCUGCUUGUCAUCUUCCAUCUUACCUACUUGGGCUCCAUGUUUGAUCCUGGAUCUGAUGAACAGGAAGUAGAAGAGGGUUACGCUGCCAUCCACACCAUACAGAGGUGGUCUGAACUGAACUGGGCGAGCCACUGGAUCAUUUUUGCUUGCUGGAUUUUCUAUCGUCUCAUUCAGUGACCUUAUUGUGGCAGAUUUAAAAGAAAUGUGCAAAAUUAAAACUAUUUUUUUAUACCAAA